AUGCCAUUUGGCUUUUUCUUCUUAUACCGGAAUAGAGAGUGCCUGUUGCGUUCGGUUCACGGAAUUGUAGAAGAGUAUUUUCGUCAAUGGCGGAGGCAGGAACAAAGAAGAAAAUUAGGGGACAGAACCAAAGCCAGAACAACGGCAAAGUGGCCUUUCGUUAAACCCAAACUCGAACUCCAGGUUACUCGCCUUCAAGACAACGAUCUUUUCACCGUGCAGAAUUUCUUCACAUCUGCUGAAUCAAAGGGAUUUAUUAGAACUGCAGAGUCAAUUGGUUUUGAGCACCAAGGAGGUCUUGGUCCGGCAAAAGGCGAAGCCUACCGAGACAAUGACCGAAUAUCUGUUAAUGAUCCUAAACUUGCAGACACUAUAUGGCAGUCUGGACUUGGCCAAUUAUUCUCUGAUAUUAAAAUUAGGGGGAAGGUUGCUGUUGGCUUGAAUCCCAAUAUUAGAUUAUACCGGUAUAAGGUUGGUCAGCGUUUUGGACGGCAUUUUGACCAAAGUGUUGAUCUUGGAAAGGGAAAGCGCACCCAUUAUACAUUAUUGAUAUAUUUAAGUGGCGGGCCCGAAACCAAAGGUAAAAGUGAUUCAAACAACUCGAAGGAUUCUGAAUCAGAGCCUCUAGUUGGAGGGGAGACUGUCUUCUAUGAUUCAUGGAAUGGUGUUGCAGCAGAGGUUGCUCCUGCUGAAGGAAUGGCUCUCCUACACAUUCAUGGUGACAAAUGCAUGCUGCAUGAAGCUCGAAAUGUCUCCAAGGGUAUCAAAUAUGUUUUCAGAUCAGAUGUGGUAUUUGCUUUUGGACCGUAGUUUUCGGAUUGUGAAGGUUCGUGAAUUUCCUCUAUUAAUGGUAGAUCAGUUGUAGCAAUGCCUUUUC